UGUCUUCUCUUGAAACAUCUAUUUAUCUUGUUGGAGCGUUAAGAUCUCCUGCUCGUUUUUUUCAUUGGGUGGUAAUAGAGCGUUGCAGUUACCCGGGCAGGGGCGGAGGGGCAUGUGAAAGCAUCCAUUCAGAUGCUGCACAUGGAUACUUCCCAAGACAAGCCCAACAAGACGGCUGUUUGCUGUGGUUCAACAAAGAUUCCUGUCAUAAUUCAGGCAGUUUAUCUAGCCAAGCAUCGUGGCAAAUGCAAUGUAGACAAACUAGACACUGCGAUAGCUGCCUAAUUCAGCUAAACUCACGUAAUGCUCAGGUGGAGUGGAGGGGAAAGAAAAAACAUGUUGUCUGCCGGCCUGUCCCUCGUCCUACAGUCUGCCUUUGACCGUGUAGCUCUUUCCUGCCAGCAGACGCCCCUCAUCAGCACGGAUUAAGCUGGGCAGUCAGUGUCGGAGCGGCAGUGAUUCAGGCUGCUGUGUGUUUUGUGUGGUGUGGAGUUUCUCACACCGCAGAGAAGAGACAGUUUCUCUCACUGACACACACACACACACACACUCGCAGACGCAGAAACACACACACACUCUCAGAGGCUUUUGAGCACAGCGCGCGGAGGCCGGAGCCUCAGGGAUUUACCUCAUCUUUCGUCCGGCCAGUGGACGCACAGACAGACAGAUAGACGAACGGAGUGAUGGACAGACGGUUAAAGAUGGGACCACGGUGGGACGGCGCGUGGCGGACUCCUCUGCUGCUGUUGGGACUGACCGCUCUCCUCUCUCGGGCUCAGGCUAACGUUCUGGACGCCAUGUUGCUGAGGAAUUCUGGGAAGGCGGCGUCGGACAGCAGCAAAGAGACGAGCGGCGACACGGCUCCCGCUCUGCCCCAGCGCCUGCUCUGGUGCUACUGCUACCACCACUGCCCUGAGGACUCCAGAAACAACACCUGCAGGACGGAUGGGUUCUGCUUCACUAUGGUGGAGGAGGAGGAGGGUGGUGUGCCCGUCUUGACCUCCGGUUGUCUAGGUCUGGUGGGCUCUGAGUUCCAGUGCAGGGACACGGGGAACUCUCGUCAGAGGAGAACGCUGGAGUGCUGCACUGACCAGGACUACUGUAACCGAGACCUGCGCCCUACGCUGCCCCCCAUCCAAACGCCCAAUUACGUGGAUGGGAAUAUCCACCACAUGGCUCUGCUCAUCUCUGUGACGGUCUGCAGUAUCAUACUGUCACUCAUCAUCGUCUUCUGCUACUUCAGGUACAAGCGUCAGGAGUCGCGUCCGCGCUACAGCAUGGGUCUGGAGCAGGACGAGACCUACAUCCCCCCCGGAGAGUCCCUGAAGGACCUGAUUGAGCAGUCGCAGAGCUCAGGCAGUGGCUCAGGGCUCCCUCUGCUGGUGCAGCGCACCAUCGCCAAGCAGAUCCAGAUGGUGAAGCAGAUUGGCAAGGGCCGCUACGGUGAGGUGUGGAUGGGCAAGUGGCGCGGCGAGAAGGUGGCUGUCAAGGUGUUCUUCACCACCGAGGAGGCCAGCUGGUUCCGCGAGACCGAGAUCUACCAGACGGUGCUGAUGAGGCACGAGAACAUACUGGGCUUCAUCGCGGCGGACAUCAAGGGCACGGGCUCGUGGACGCAGCUCUACCUGAUCACCGACUACCACGAGAGCGGCUCUCUCUACGACUACCUCAAGUCCACCACGCUGGACUCCAAGGCCAUGCUGCGGCUGGCCUACUCGUCCGUCUCGGGCCUGUGCCACCUGCACACCGAGAUCUUCGGCACGCAGGGCAAGCCGGCCAUCGCCCACCGCGACCUUAAGAGCAAGAACAUCCUGGUCAAGAAGAACGGCACCUGCUGCAUCGCUGACCUCGGCCUGGCCGUCAAAUUCAUUAGUGACACAAACGAGGUGGACAUCCCUCCCAACACGCGGGUGGGCACCAAGCGCUUCAUGCCCCCGGAGGUGCUGGACGAGAGCCUCAACCGCAACCACUUCCAGUCCUACAUCAUGGCCGACAUGUACAGCUUCGGCCUCAUCCUGUGGGAAAUCGCCAGGAGAUGCGUGUCCGGAGGCAUAGUGGAAGAAUACCAGUUACCGUACCACGACCUUGUGCCCACUGAUCCUUCAUAUGAAGACAUGAGGGAAGUGGUGUGCAUCAAGAGGUUACGACCCUCAUUCCCCAACAGAUGGAGCAGUGACGAGUGCCUGAGACAGAUGGGCAAACUGAUGACCGAGUGCUGGGCCCACAACCCGGCCUCUCGCCUCACCGCCCUCCGCGUCAAGAAGACCCUGGCCAAGAUGUCCGAGUCCCAGGACAUUAAGCUCUGAGAGGAGCCGACCGACCAGACAGCGCCGGCAGCAAAUAAAAACAAAAAACACAAAAAAACAAGAAAGACAUAUCGCUUCAGCUACCCACAAUCCCUUGCUCCACUGGGUCGAAACGGGAUGCCCCCCCAGAUCAGGUCGGGUCAGGUUUGGCCCAGCAGCAGGAGCCGUCUCCCCCGCACAGAAGUUGAGGAAGAAGGAAGGGAGGAUGAGGAGGAGGGGGGGUGUCUCAGAAGAGGAAACGACGAGAAACUAGGGGAGAUAAGAGAUGAGAAGACCUGUUUUGGGAAGGGUGUUUUUUUCCCUUCGGUGGGGUUUAGGGUGGGUAAAUCUAACGGAGUGAAUUAUUUAGUCCAAGAGGCCUGGACGCGGUCAGCAGGUAGUGCCUUUAAAAAGGAAGUGGUCUGUCCUUGAUCUCUGCGCUCGGGAGCCCCUGCAAGGACGGACAGCCCGCGGUGCUGGCGGCCAGCAGAGAAGCUUCUCCUCGUUGCUUUCUGUGAAAGCUUUAUUAGACCACAGACUUUUUGGUGUUGAUGUUGAUGUUGUUGUUGUUUGUUUAUUGAUUUUCUUCCUGAGGAGGGAAGCUGAGGAGACGGAAGUGAGGAGAUGGAGGUGGGGGAUGGAGGGAUGGAGGGGGGUGGAGGGGUAGAGCCCAGCGUUUGUGAACCAAACAGCGGGACACGCACGAGGGGAUCAGCGUCGCUCGGACAAUCAGAGGCCUCAGCUCAGUAUUGACUUUUCUCCACUCCGUCCACUGCCUGGUUCCCCUGCUGAUGGCUGGCGCGAUGUGUUUGUUGACCGGAGGACAAGGGCAAGACAAAUCAGGAUUGGCUGUACAUCCCUUUUCUCUCACUCUCUCUCUCUCUCUGUUUUAAGUUCUCUUGGACUUUGUUAGUUGUGCACUGGCUGGUGGUAUACCUGAACCAAAGACUGAAGUAACGUAGAGGUCAUUAAAGGUCAAUAACAGAUGUCUGUCUAUAUUCACUGGCGACGAGUGGAAUUGUAAUUCUCGGUAUCAUUGUGAGGCAGACAGGCACACCAUACCUGUCAACACUCCCGCUUUUCCCGGGUUUCUCCCGUAUUUCAAGGUCAUCUCCCGGCACCCUCCCGUUUUGUUAUUUCUCCCGGAAAA